AUGGAGAGCAGUCAAAAUAAAAAGACUGGAAGUCAUAUCUUCGGGGUAAAAAUAAAGAACAGUAUAACUACAAGAAACAAUGACUUAGAUAGUGGAACAGCUGUUUACGAAGGAGACAUCCUCUUGAGGAGAGGGCAACGGAGUGCAAUUAACUGUGAGAGUUGUUUAUGGCCCAAGUCACAGGAUGGACUAGUCAAGGUUCCAAUUAACAUCUCUUCUGAUUUCUCAGUAACAGAGAGGUCUUGGAUUGCUGAUGCUCUGCAAGAGGUUUCCACGCUGACCUGUGUGCAGUUUGUAAAUCGCACUACAGAAGCAGACUAUGUGCACAUUGAACAGAGUGGGCAGAGCUGCUGGUCUUACUUUGGAAAAAUUGGAGGACGUCAAGCACUAGGCCUGAUGAAAAAUGGCUGCAUGGAUAAAGGAGCAAUUCAGCAUGAAAUGAACCAUGCUCUGGGCUUCAUCCAUGAACAGGCACGUAGUGACCGGGACAGCUUUGUCAAGAUUAUGUGGGAACACAUUCUGGCAGGGGAACAAGGAAACUUUGGGAAAGUGAAUUCCAAAAAUCUUGGCCUUCCCUAUGACUAUUCUUCUGUGAUGCACUAUGGCGCGUUUGAUUUCUCUAGCACUCCUGGGGAACCAACUAUUGUACCAAUUCCUGACCCCUCUGUACCCAUUGGGCAGAGAGAAGGACUGAGUAACUUGGAUGUGGCUAAAAUCAACAAGCUCUACAAGUGCAAUUGCUGUAGCUCUGUGUUGCCUAAAUAUGAAGGCUCCUUCUCCUCUGUCAAUUACCCAUCCCCAUACCCGAACAAUAGCAACUGCCUGUGGUUGAUCCGCAUCCCUCAGAAUAAGGUUUUCCUGCAGUUUGAGGCUUUUGAUCUUCAACUCUCCUCAGACUGUUCUUCUGACUAUGUAAAAAUUUACAAUGGAAACAGCAAGAAUUCUCCUGUUUUGCUGGACAAGUACUGUGGGAAGGGGCCACUGCCUUCUUUAGUUGCUUCUGGAUCCACAAUGCUGAUAGAGUUUGCAAGUGAUGAGACCAUUACAGCCACAGGAUUCAGAGCCUCCUACAUCAGGGUGAAUUGUGGGGAUACCUUCACAGUCUCAAAUGGAGUCAUCACCUCUCCAAACUACCCCAACAAAUACCCCCAAAACCAAGCAUGCUUCUGGAUCAUCAGUUCUCCAGUAGGAUACAAGAUAUAUCUCAAAAUGUUAUCCUUUGAGCUGGAAGAUAAUGACAGAUGCAUCUAUGACUACUUGCUCAUACAUGACGGAAGCCAACCUACAUCACCUGGAGUUGGCCCAUACUGUGGGACAAGGAAGGUUGCAGACUUCACUUCCACUGGGAGCUUUGUACUAGUUGAAUUUCACAGUGAUACAGUAUGGGAGUUUCCUGGAUUCAAGAUGAAUUACACAUUUGGUAGGUAGUACUGUACAGAUGAGGGUGGUAGGGUUGGAAAUCAAAAUGAAAGUGAGACCAGCUAGCCAUGCGUAAAAGUCAAGAUGCCACUGAUUUCAGCAAAAAAUAGCUGCCUGAAUGCCUUUGACAAGCUUGAAGGUCGACCUAUUAGUUUGUUAUUUCUACAGCAGUAUAAUUUGCAUGGUGAAUUACAGACAAAAAUGCUCCUGCCCAUGGGAUGUUCCUGUUUCAGACUCCUAGCUUUUUGUUACAGUCAUCUCAUUGCUGGUGUUGCAUGGCUGAAUACAAUAGCAGAACUGAAACUCUGGAACCAGAUUUUCAAGAACUUGUCAUGUUACAUAGUGAGCUGUCUAGUAAGUAGGCCCAAAAAGAUUUCAGAAUAUGGCUAUGGAGCAACUUUAACCCAUAUUCUGACAAAUGUAAUUACCCACCCUAAUCUGCAUUCCAGUAUGCAUACAGAAAAACCUUCAGGCAUGUGCUUGCUUGUGCUUUGAAACAAAGCUUGCUUGUAGAGUUAAUAUAGGCACCUAAGCUUGGUCUGGAAAUCACUUUACAUUGAGGAUGCAAACCAGGAUUCUGGUGCAGCACCUCAACUCAAAGAAUUGUAUUAACCCACUGCUGGGAGGUGAACUAGAGCAGGGAAUAGAUUUGACUAAAAGGAAACCCUUAAUAGCAGGAACAAGCAGUCAGGGAGAGGGCAAGGAGGGAAGCAUGACAGACAUUCAUAUGAAUAAACCAUGUCCUGAGUCAUUCAGGUACAGACAUUGUCCAUGGGGUAUUACCAAAAUAUAUAUUUUUUAAUUACUUGAUGAAAAGCCUAUUGAAUGCAAAUGGACUCAGUAACUUUGGACAUCGUAUCAGGUGUGAAAUACCUUGUCUGUACAGAGAAAUCUUCCACCUCUUAGAGGACUGAAGAAGUUACAGAUAAGUUCCUUAUUUCAUAUCAAGGGCUUUUCAGUCUGAGAUCUAAACAAUCCCUUUUUCAUCAGUUGUUAGGGGUCCUUGUUAAUCAUUUUCCUAAGGGAUAAGCAUGUUAGCUGAAGCUCCCACACAUACUCCAAACCACCUUCCAGCCCUCUGCAGGUAUCAAAAACUUUAGCUUUCCUCCAAAUUCUGCUAAAAUCUCUGGUUUCUUCCUGCUACCAGUCUCCACUUUAGUUAUACGUUAUUUGUCUAUAAAUCUGUGGUUCACCAAACAGGAAAAUGCAAGGUACAGAGCAUUGCUUAUUUUGAUAAAUACCUUGAUGAAUGGCAUUUCUUCCACUAAUGACUGCUGUUCAUUUUCACCCAGUCAGUUCCAAAUCUUAAAUGGACAACCUGUAGAAUCCACAGACCUUGCUAACAGGUGUACUCAACUGCACAGUGUAAAGGGAUUUGUCUCUUAUAGACAAUAAUCCUCUCACAAAGGGCAUUGUCCAUAAAGAAUAAUGAUUUAUAAGCUGCUAUUAAUGUUCAGAUUCUGAGAGAUGUGAAUUUAGAGCAACCAGCCAGUAGACAGCAAAGAUAGUAUGGCCAAAGGUCUAGGAUUUGAAUGCCACCAUAGGAGGAUUUUGAGAGGUUCAAAUAUAAGUUCAGCAUUCACUUAAAACACCUCUGAAAGUCAAAAUGUAAGCAUUUAACCUUAAAAAAAUAGAGGUAUCUAGCAGUGAUGAAUAUAUCUUAUUCCCACAUAUAUAUACCACAUAAAACAGGUGCUACCUUAAUUGCAUGCAAAGACAGAACUGUGGUAGAACAGAGACAUUUCCAGGAAUUGUGCACAUGGAACAGGCAAGAAGAGUAUCUGUGUCUAUGCACUCCAAUCUUACCUGCUUUGAAACUUUUGGAUCCUCCAGGUUCUUAUCAGGGUGGCAAGUCAGGGCCUUCUAGGGUACGCUUUCUUAACCUGUAAAAGCCAGAACAGAAAUUUGCUAAUUACUACUGCUGAAAAAAAGCAACUUGGAAUAAAGCACUACAGAAACACAAAAAGUUAUUACUCAUUGGUCUUUGUUUAAUUUAAAACACACUUCCCUUACAUA